GAGCAGAGUACUGUGAGCUCAAAGCUGUGGUAACUUUAGUAAGUGUGACAUUCACAGGGCAGAAUGCGAGGUCUUGUUGCAAUAGCAUACACAUAUUGUUUUGCCUGUGCUAUCAGAGGGAGAGACGGUGAGGCCAUAUACUUCAGCAACUAUGAGCCAGAACACUGGGAAACUCUAUAGAUCUGCAACAUCUUCAUUCCUCUUCUUCUUGCUGGUGGAUGUCAGUGUCAGUGGAACUGCAAGCAAGGAGAAUGCAGCUGUAACUGGCAUUACAGCACAGCCUUCAUUGUUGACAACACCUGAGCCAUGGCAGCUUUUGGUGACUCAAACACCAGCCAAGGAAAAAGCCAAAGAGGGUGAAACUGUGGUCUUAAAUUGCCACUUCAACAGACCACGGCAUCCUUCCCUGACUGACCUGAUGGUGAAGUGGUACAAAGAAGAUGAAAAGGGGCAGAUGGACCUGCUAGAAAACAAUGUGACCGUCUUGACAAAUAACUCCAGGUUUUUCAUGAGUGGAGACUUGUCCCAGGGGGAUGCCUCCCUGGUGAUCCUCAAUGUGACAAUCAGUGACCAUGGUAUUUAUUUCUGUGAGGUUACGCUUCCAGACAGGACGGUGGUGACAGGAGAUGGCACAAAGCUCAGGAUCAGGAGAGCUCUGGGCUUGUUUGGUAUAGAAGAAUCCAUUGGAACAAUCAUUGGGGUUGUGGCAGCUGGUGUUGGAGGAAUAAUUGUUCUGAUCGUUAUUUUAACCCCCCAGCUGAGGAGGUGUGUCCUCUGCAUGAGACAAGGCUCUCACCAAGGUUCAUGCUGAAGGAUGGUUCUUCCUCCAACCAACUAUGUGCUUACAUCUGUGUUCUUUGCAUACAGAAAGCCUGUGAUGGCCUAAGUAUGUGUUUGAGGUGUGGUUUGGAAAGCCUAGUAAUAUCUUUUAUUAGAUCAGCUGAUCAGGCUGGGAAAACUAGACACUUCCAUGUUCUAGAUAUGAGCCAAAUAAAUGACUCGAGAAGAAACAAAUGAACCUGAAAGCUUGCCUGUUUUUUUCACCUCUGUCAGCGGGUCCAGUUAGAGUAGACUGACACUGAAGGCUGGAUUUUGAAAUGAGCCUAGUUCCCAUUUUGCACAACCAGGAUGUGGUCUGCGUUUCAGACGGAGCCCAGCUGACUUUCUGCUUUCAGUGCUGAGCUGUGUGGUUUGUACCUUUUACCCCAGCACCCAAAAAUCUUCCUGCUCAGAAAAGAAAUCCCUGAAGAUGCUCUCGCCACUAACUGUGCAGCUGCCGCCACCUUAUGGCCAGUGUGCUGGAGACAGGGACACGGCAGGAGCUCUGCCUCCCUUACCGGGAAGAGUUUUCCAGCCCUUGCCGAGACACGCACCCACACCCCAUGGCUGCUGCUGCCCACACAGCAUCAUCCCCUUGCAAACCCUCUGCAGGAACAGUGUCACAACUUCCUUUCUUGCCAGGAAGCCUUGGAAGAGUUUAUCGUGUUGUACUAACU